AUGAACCCUCGAGGUGAUGUUCUCAGGCUUGAUACCGUAUCCGAUCUCAACGAGGAGCAAGUGAAGAGGUUACUGAAGCCUUCUCAGGAUCUUUUUCGCGAACUAGUUACGUACCCAUUCAAGCGAUUGAUGCCAAAUGAAUUUGAACUAUUGUACAUGGUUAUUAGCUGUAUGUUCAAUGUAAAAAAUAUCCCAAACGUUACGAAAGAGACGAUCGAUGUAGCUGAGCAGGUGAAAAGCCGACUGGCUGAAGAUGUGCACAGUUACUACACUUAUGAGCUACGCAAACCAAACUAUGCAUCACGUCUUCACAAGAUGAGCAGUAUCGUGUCUGCAGUGGAUAAGUUGCAAGAACGCCGAAAAGAGGACAGUCAACUUUCACGAAUGUUCAACAUAUUCAAGCAGGACGUUUUCAUGAGUGAAUUUUUUUGA